ACACCAGCUAUAGUGUUCACCUUUAUAAAAAGCUUUAUAAAAUUGUGUCUAUGACUGUUUACAUAUCAUUGCAAAUCAAACAAUGGAGAUUCAUUAAAAAAGAAAUUCCAUGGCUUACUCUACAAUUCACCUUUUAUCUAUCCUUAUCCUUGUUAGAUUCCUCUCUUCUGCAACAAUGGCACAAGACUCUCCAUUAUUUCUGAAUACAAUUUGUCCCAUCAACGUUACCAAACCAAGCAGCACCUUCCAAAGCAAUCUCAUAAACCUCUUCAAUUCAUUGUCAUCAAAAGCCAUAGGCAACACCAAAUUCUACAACACCACAGUCACUAGUAUAAAUUCGUCCGUAUCCGUCUAUGGAUUGUUCAUGUGUAGAGGUGACAUACCCUCUCAUCUAUGUCAUGACUGCAUAGUUAAGGCAACCAAUCAGCUAUCCUCAGAGUGCUCUUUGUCCAAACAAGCUGUGAUUUGGUACGGCGAGUGCAUGGUUCGAUUCUCUGACAACUCUUUCUUUUCCACGAUCGAUAUGAUGCCAGGUUUUCACUGGUGCAAUACCGCUGAAAUCUUAAACACGAAAAGCUUCGUGUCUUUAUUGUUUUCAACCAUGAAUCGAACUGCAGACGAAGCAGCAAGUCCGCUUAGUGGUGACAAGAACAAGUUUGCAACAAAAGAAGCACGAGUUUCGGAAAAUCAGACCCUUUACAGUCUAGCUCAGUGCACGCUGGAUUUGUCGCCUAAUGAUUGCAGAACCUGUCUCACUAGUGCUAUUGAGACACUUUCACAAAGCUGUGUUGGAAAGGUUGGUGGGAGAUUUCUUUAUCCUAGCUGUAAUGUUAGGUAUGAAUUAUAUCCAUUUUAUAGGUCUACUUAUGUUCUUUCCCCAAAUGAGCUUGCUCCUCAAACAAAUGAUUCCAUACAAGAUUCUAAAAUACUUUCAGAAGAUCCAUUUUAUCUUUCCUAUAAUUGCUCAAGAAAUUACAAUACAAUCACUGACAAAAACAUCAAACUACUUCUGUCUUAUUUGUUGUCGAACGCCACCAUCGGCAAAAAAUUUUAUUGGCUUAAAGUGGAAGAAAUUGCGUAUGGUCUCUUCAUGUGUCGAGGUGAUCUUCCGCCUCGCCUUUGUGUUCAAUGCGUCAAAAAUGCAACGGAACAACUAUACUCAAAGUGUCAUUCCUUCCCAGAGGGUAUAAUUUGGUACAGCCAUUGCCUGCUUCGCUAUUCGAAUAGGUAUUUCAUUCACAGCAUUGAAACAGGGCCUAUGUUCCGCGAUAUAAAUAUUACAAAUGGUUCCAUCCCGGACCAAAACUUGUUCACAAAUGCAUUAUCAAAUCAAUUAUCUGAACUUGUCAAUGUUACGGGGAACAACGAGGAAAAAUAUGCGAAAAAUUCAUUAAUUUUGAAUGAUAAACAAACUUUGUAUACUCUUGAACAAUGUACAAAAGAUUUGUCUAGUCAGGAUUGCAAUUCAUGUCUAAAUGAUAUGAUCAGUAGAGAAAUUCCAUGGUCAUUUUUGGGAAGUGUUGGAGGAAGAAUCAUAUAUCCUAGCUGCAAUCUGAGGUUUGAAUUGUUCAAAUUUUAUAUGGACGGCGACGAAGCUCUACCGCCUGGAAGUCCUACAACAUUUGCAAGACAUACAGAGAAAAGGACAAUUAUAUCCAUUGUUGUCCCUACUAUUAUUUUGGUGAUGCUCUUCACUAUUGGCUACUAUUUGAUAAAGAGAAGGAGAAGAAAGAGUCGUAGGACCAUUCUUCGAGAAAAUUUUGGUGAAGAAAGUGCCACUUUAGAGCCACUGCAAUUCGAUUGGAUGGUAAUUGAAGCAGCAACAAACAACUUUUCUAAGGACAAUUACAUUGGCAAAGGAGGGUUUGGAGAGGUUUUCAAGGCUAUCCUUUCUGAUGGACGAGAAGUAGCUAUAAAGAGGCUUUCAAGAAGUUCUAAGCAAGGUGUAGAGGAGUUCAAGAAUGAAAUUUUAUUGAUAGCCAAGCUUCAACAUAGAAAUCUAGUGACUUUUAUUGGCUUUUGUCUUGAAGGACAUGAGAAGAUACUUAUUUAUGAAUAUGUUUCCAACAAGAGUCUUGAUUACUUUUUAUUUGAUUCUCAUCAGCAAAAGUUGUUAACUUGGGUUGAACGCUUUAACAUCAUUGGAGGAAUUGCUCGAGGAAUUCUUUAUUUGCAUGAGCAUUCUCGACUCAAAGUUAUACAUCGCGAUCUCAAACCUAGUAAUAUUCUAUUAGAUGAAAAUAUGAUUCCUAAAAUUUCAGAUUUUGGUUUGGCACGGAUGGUCGAAAUAAGUCAAGAGGAAGGAAGUACAAAUAGAAUUGUUGGAACAUAUGGUUAUAUGUCUCCAGAAUAUGCAAUGUUUGGACAAUUUUCUGAAAAAUCAGAUGUUUAUAGUUUUGGAGUCAUGAUCCUAGAGAUUGUAGCUGGAAAGAAGAAUAUAAGUUCAUAUGAACCACAACAUGUUGCUAAUAGCCUCUUGAAUUCUGUGUGGAGACAGUGGAUGGAUAAAACACCUUUAAAUAUAUUGGACCCAAAUAUUAAAGGAGAUUUUUCUAAAACUGAAGUCAUUAAGUGCAUUCAGAUUGGUCUAUUAUGUGUUCAAAAUGAUCCAGAGGCUAGACCUUCAAUCUUGACAAUUGCUUCUUAUCUUAGCAGUCAUUCAAUUGAGUUACCAACUCCACAACAACCUGCAUUUUUCCUGCAAGGUAGAACCUACAAUGAUAGUUCUGCCCUAUUCUCUAGCAAUGGAAUGCCUUCAAGUACAUUUUUUCCUCGGUAGAUUGUUAGGUUUUCUUUUAAUUGUAUGAUUGUUGUGAACAAUAUUUGUUCUAACCUCAAUUCCUAUUACUUGAGAAGGAUAGGGAAUGACGAUAUAUGUAAUUUGUAUAGCUUUGUUGGUAAUUAAAGAACAUAAUUACUAGUGAUAAAUGAAUUGGAAUGAUGCAAUGAUUAAGAGAGAA